UCAAGAUACACCGAGGUUGCCUCUCCAUCAUCCUAUACCACCAGGAUGUCAGCAAUGAGUACAUCUGUGACAGAGGCGGGCACAGAGGCAACGCUAGACUUGACAGAGACCAUGAUUGAGGAAGAUAGUAUCAAGUUCAAGGUCGCUGACUGGACCGUGUUCUGUCUGAUGUUGGUAGCAUCAGUUUGCAUUGGAAUAGUCAGCGCCCUGAAGGACAGACGGAAGGCCACCAUACAGGAGUAUCUACUGGGAGGGGGUAACAUGCCGCCCCUAGCGGUGGCGCUCUCUCUCAUGGGAGGCUGGGUCUCCGCGAUCUCCAUCCUGGGUAACCCAACAGAAAUCUACUUUUACGGCACACAAGUCGCCACGUCUCUCAUCGGCUGCGUGCCCGGAGCCAUCGUCGUCAACAAGAUUAUCCUUCCAAUCUUCUAUAACCUUAAGAUUGUGUCUGUGAACGAGUACCUGGAGCGGCGAUAUCGGAGCGUAGCUCUGCGAAAAGUUUGCACCUUCAUCUCCUUGCUCAACCUCUUCCUCUACAUGGGGAUGUGUUUGUAUGCGCCUUCGCUCGCCCUCUCCACCGUCACCAGCCUCUCUACCUUCACUACCAUGGCAAUCAUGGGCGCCAUCGUCAGCUUCUACAUUACCAUCGGGGGCGUGAAGGCGGUGGUGUACACGGACGUGCUACAGACGCUGCUCAUGUUUGGGGGUGUGUUGGCGGUGGUGGUACUGGGCUGCAGUGAAGUGGGCGGCGUCAAGGAGGUGUGGGCAAUAGCAGAACGCGGCGACCGACUGGAGUUCUUCAACACGGACCCGAGCCCCUACGUCCGCCAUAGUGUCUUGUCCACCUUCUUUAUGGGCUUCUUCUUGGUCAUCAACACCAUUGGAGUCUCGCAGUCAUCUUACCAACGCUUCGCCUCCGUCAAAACCCUGAAGACAGCUAAAAGACUCGUGUAUUUUUUCCUGAUUGCGCUAUGGUGUCUAUGGAUCGUGUUUUUCUUCUCUGGCCUGGUCGCCUACGCCAUCUACAGCACUUGUGACCCUCUCACCUCAGGGAAAAUCAACAAGGCAGACCAGAUCAUUCCCUUCCUGGUCACUGACAAGCUGGGUCACGUCCCCGCUAUGGCCGGCAUCUUCGUGGCGGCUGUGUAUGGGGGGGUGCUCAGCACUCUUUCUACUUGCGGCAACUCAACGGUCUGUAUGGUCUGGGAGGACUUCCUCAAGCCUCUGCCCUUCUUCAGCGGUUUCAGUGACUCUUCUGCCACUCGUGUCAUGAAGAUCCUGUCCUCCUUAACCGGUGUCAUUUCCGUGGCGCUCGGGAUGUUGAUGAGCAAUCUGGGCAACAUCUUCCAUGUCAUCUUCAGCAUUUCUGGCGCCCUGUCUGGACCAAUUACUGGGGUAUUCUUGGUUGGUAUCCUGAUGCCCUGGGUCGACGGCAAGAGCGUGAUCUCUGGACUACUGGUGUCCUUCUGUUUUAAUGUGUGGCUCGUGGUGGGCAAGUUCCUGAAGGGGGCAGGGGCUCCUACGCAGCUGCCUCUCUCUAUUGUUGGCUGCGCCUCUCACCUUAACGCAACUCUGGAUAGCCUCGCUUCUUCCACACUCUCCUCUCCCACACUUGCCUCCACCACCGUUGACCAGGUCGAAGAAAGCAUAUACGACAUCUCCUAUUGCUACAACAGUUUCAUCGGUGUUACCAUUACUAUGGUGGUCAGCACCCUAGUGUCGUUAGUAAAUGGACCCAAGCGGCCCGAGAUUGAUGACAGGCUGGUCAAUCCGACUUGUGACAGAGUGUACAGAAAAGCGUGGAAAAGAUACUUGAUAUGGCGGAAAGGAAAGAUGGCCCAACAAAUCCAGAAAGAACAGGAAAAUAAUGCAGAAAGUAUGACGAUGUUGCACAAGGUGAAGUCAGGUCCUGAUACUUCUGGGAACCCGUAAAGACUCAAGUCUGCAGUGUCCGCCGGGAGCAUCAUUGAACAGACGAUCUCUCCGACAAUGCACCGUGCCCGUGCUUGUAUGUGCAUCUCUCAUAGGCGAAUGACAUAAGAAAGGAAUACAGUAUGAUUCUACUUUCUGUAAUGAACGUAAAAUACAAAUGAAAGAAAAAAA